AUGCAGAGGCCAAAUGUGAUACGACCGACGGGGUGUUUGCAAUGCUCUAGCAUUCGCAUUGGGCAGCACUAUUCAACCUCGCCAAAUCGCCGCGCUGCAGCUUCCGAAAUUCUCCCGCGCAGCGACUCUCGCCUGUCAAAGAUAAACCCAGACUUGCGUAUAUCCUGGAGAGAACUCCGUAACAAAGCGUUAGAUAGCUUUCCUUCUGAUACUGCAGAUGGCGGGACACCAUCCAGCCCGAGUGCUGCACGAGAAACUUUCCACCAGGAUGUCACAGAAAGACAGGCGACGGACGCCAGGCGCAAGACAGCGAAACUUCGUGCUAAUCGCUUUCGUGCUGGUGGUCGCAACGAGAAAAUAACUAUCCAGAGCAUUUCGAACAAGUAUAUUGAGGCUUUGAACUCGAACGGUUCAAAUAAUGAUUCUCCUGCUGAAGUGAACAACAUGGAUGAAAUAAUCCGCGUUUUCGACCUCAAUACAUUACAAGUGUUGUCCAAGAAAGGAUAUUCACCCGAAGAUAUAAUGGCAUGGGCGUGGAUUUUGACUACGAAAGACUCAACUCGAGCAGCUUUAAGGCUUCUCUAUUGGGGCCGCCAACAUAUACGACAAACCCCCUUAUUUGUUGUGAGCUUUCUUUUGCAUCGCGUUACCCACGAUGUGCGAGCUUUCCGGAUUAUUCUUGCUUUUUCGUUGUCUUAUCUUACUCAACAGCCACUCGCAGAUAUAGCGCCAGUGGCAAACUCGGACGUGACGGGAGUUCCGAAUAUACCGUCUAGCGAACAACGAGCAGUGGCGAUGCAAGCUCCGAAAGCCUAUUAUUUGACUGUGCUUUUGCUUCAAAGAGCUCGUCAGCUAUGGCCGGAGACUCAAUUUAGCAUUGCUGAAGCAUUUGCCUACUAUUUAAUUCACGUUCUCCCUCGAAGCUAUAGGCGUAAGCUGGACCAUUGGAGAAUCAAUGUUCUCCGUGCUAAGUACUUCAAUUGGUGUCUGAAUGAUUUGAGUAUUCCAUCCAAGCGAAACCCUUUUAUAUAUGCAUCUACCCAGCAACGAGCACAGUUUGUGCUACUCAAGGCUAUGGCUACCCAUGAACCUGUCCUACCGGUCAGUCGCCGAGGUUAUCAAGCUGUUGCUGCAGUGCAACUGGCCCAUAAGAAAACACUUGCAGAAAAGGUGUUUGCAGAACAGAAGGCACUUUCGUGGCCUCCUUGGAAAGAAGCUCGAAUGGGCAUUGACUCAGCGCGCGGGAAUGAUGGUAUGAAAAGCCGCACUAUGCAAGUAUUGUCUCAGAUGACAGAGGCUGGAUAUUCCCACGGCGACUGGGAAGAUGCAGUCGGAAUCCUUGCUGGCUGGGAUACAGAUGGCAGCCCAACCAUUCAGACCCGAAGCCUACAAAGCAGGUCGUUGUUGGCUAAUUCCAAGAAAAAGGGAACAAGAGUCGAGUCCGCAUUAUGGGCAGCUAGGAUACAAGCGACGCGCACAUUACGAGAGGCCUGGGCGUGUUUCAUAUCAUACGAAGCCCGUUAUGCUAUCCCUACCGAGCGAAUAUUCCACGCUAUGGCCAAGAAGCUGAUAUAUAGCCAAGCUCAAAUGAAGAAAAAGGCCACAACUCCUACCCGAAAUAGGCCCCUCCCAGGUGAUGGACCCGAGGUUUUUCCUGAGCCCAGCUCAGCUCGCGAUGCAAUCUAUAUCGCUAGGGAGCCCCCAUCUCUUGAAAACUUGCUUAAACAAAUGACGAUGCAGGGGGUCCGACCAGGUAAUGAUUUUAUUGCUCUGCUGUUACAAAGAUCCCAGAAUUUCUCAACUGGAAUAAAAUUCGUGUGUGCCUUUCUUCGUGCAAAGCAAGUGAGAGCCCUAUGCACUCUAUGGACUGAAGAACUUGACAAAGAAGCAUUAGAUACUCUUAAUGCGAUGCAUCCGCGUCUCUUUGACUCUUUCAUUGUCCUCCUCUGCACUCACUUCAAUUCGUGGAGCUCAAGAUACCGUGUCCGCAGAGCUGAUCUUUUCCCAAUUCUGAUGCGGGUGCCCCAAAUGAAUCCCGUAACGAGCACUUUAUGUUACCAUGAAGACAUGUUUCGCAAAGACAGUAAACUUGGGCAUCCACAGACAUUGUCGCACGCAGUGAAGCUUUUAAAGACGUUAAAGCCACGACGCAUGUCGGCAUGGCUGCCCUUGCUCAAAGCUUUGGCUUCCUUAAGGGGGUCCGCUAAAGAAAUAUUGAUUGAUCGAAAGGUGCAGUGGUUCCUGAUGUGGUACGAAGUCGCGGAAGCAAUUCGUUGGAUGCGAGAGUUAGAACUAGAGCCUGGAACCGAUGGGCUUAUGAUGCUCUGUCGCGUAUUCUCAAGAGCAGUCUACGCUGGGGCCAGGGAUGUCACAAUCGCAGAAGAAGCAUUAUAUCUUGUUAGCAAGUACAAGAGACGCAACGACGAACUGCAGCUCGACAAUGCAGCUACUUUUGAAGAGUUUGUCUACAAGGGGAUUCAACUCUUGAAGUCCUACUUCGAUCGCCUUGUCUAUCCACUGCCCCCUUUCUCAGCCGGAAGCCAGAAUUUUGCCCUUUCUCCUGACAAGCAAAAACCGGCAGUAUUAGAUCUGCCCAAUAUGCUUGAGGUACCCAACCUCGCUACAUUGCAUGCUCUGGUCAGAGCUCUAGGCCUUAGCAAAGAUCAUGACGGUAUCCUCAAUCUGCUCCAAUGGAUGAGCUAUUACGCCCCAGACCUGAUCUCGCGCGCUGAUGAAAAUGGAAACGGAAAAACGAUGAUGCGGCGCACACUGACAGCUAUCAGAGUAUUUCUCGAAGGCUCGAUACCAGGCAGAAUGAGGUGGCACGAAUUGGAGUCUGCUUCAAGUAAGAAUGGACGGGGAGAUGAGGAGAACCGCCCUGUUUCCUCCUAUGGACAUAUUGAAGAAGCACGCAAACUAAUCGAGGGCACUGAAGGCUGGGGUUCGUGGCCUUCAGAUGACGAGGUUCGAGCAUAUGGCCUAACGGAUGCUGAAUACGAUUUUGAUUGA